AUGUAUUACUUCACCUUGACACGGUUUGAUACACCCCAGCCAGCUAAUCAGAGCAGGCGAUUCAUCAGCUAUCAAGAUAUGAAGUCAAUCAUGGCGGUCGCUGGAACCAUAUGGGAAUGGCUCAAGUAUCACCUCUAUGUGAAAUCUGAGACCAUAAAUGACAACGGUGAACGGAGUAUGCUUUCCUUGACGGAGGAAAACAUAACCAGGAUCCAUGAGGAAGUUAACAAAUCCAGGGUGUUCAAAAAAGCCAUCGAUUUAGUGAAGGAAUUGCAAGAGGCGAAGAGACUUUCCGAGGAAGUGACGAUCCUAUGUUGGGUCCCCUUGUCUCCCGAGGCGCACAACCUGACCGCCCGGCAUGUCAGGGCCACGUGGGGGAAGCGGUGCAACAAACUGGUCUUUAUGAGUACUAAGGAUGACCCUUCCAUUGGUGCUGUGAACGUGGGAAGUAAAGAAGGAUAUGCAUAUCUUUGGCAGAAGACAAUGUUUUCUCUUCAGUAUAUUUAUAAGCAUUUUUUCAACAAGUUUCAGUGGUUCCUCAAAGCCGACGAUGACACAUAUGUGAUAAUGGAAAAUCUACGGUAUAUGUUACGUGCGUAUGAUACAAACGACCCUAUUUAUUUUGGACUUUACUAUAAAAAUUUCGGACGAUAUAAUGCAGGAGGAGCAGGCUAUGUUAUGGGCAGAGAAUCAGUUCGAAGGUUUAUCGAACAGGCGUUGCCAAACACCGCGAUCUGUAACCCGAUUGGAAAGGCGGAGGAUGUGAAGCUCGGAAACUGUCUACAAAGAGUCGGUAUAAAAUUCGGAGACACACGGGAUCACAUCGGACAAGGAAGGUUCUGGCAACACCAUCCGAUAUCAAUUAUUAAAAAGACCAAAUUUGUAGAAAGUUACCAACAUUAUCCUGUUCUUGAAUAUGAUACGAUGACGAAAGCGGUCCCCAAGGACCACUCAUCUUUUUACCUCUAA